CUUAGUGGUUUUGACUAGGAUCUUGGAUAGUGGUGAGUACCCUUUUGUUUGUUUGGUUAGCUGGGGUUUAAUCACCGAGCAUUGAUCUCAGUAGUUGUUGUCUCUGCCGGUUGCUAAUUGGUUAAUCUUCUUUUGAGCUUUUGUUAAGAAUUAGAACAUUGUAAUAGUACCUUUGUUCCGAUAAAUGCCCCCAGCGUGAGAAACCCCAACCCCUAAAGCCCUCGCCAAAUGGUACAACCCUCACUGCUACACCCAUCACUUCGCCUCACUUAGGUUACAGCUCUCCUUCUUCCCCAACUCCGUUUCUGUGGCCGCGCCUCCGUUCAGAGAUUCUUAAUUGCAUUGGCUGGUUUCAACAAUGGCGUCGAAAUUCGGAUUAGCAGGCGGCAUCCCGGAGCGCCGUGUUCGACCCAUUUGGGAUGCCGUUGACUCUCGCCAGUUCAAGAACGCCCUAAAGCUCUCCACCGCGCUUCUUUCCAAAUACCCCAAAUCUCCUUAUGCGCUCGCGCUGAAGGCUCUGAUUCUGGAAAGGAUGGGCAAGAAUGAGGAAGCGUUAUCUGUUUGUUUAAAUGCCAAAGAGAUUCUUUUGACCAGUGAUUCAAGCGUGUACGGGGAUGAUCUCACUCUCAGCACGUUGCAAAUUGUCUUUCAGCGCCUUGAUCACCUGGAUAUGGCGACAAGUUGUUAUGAGCAUGCAUGUAUGAAAUACCCCAACAGCUUGGAAUUAAUGAUGGGCCUCUUUAACUGUUAUGUGAGAGAGUAUUCAUUUGUCAAGCAGCAACAGAUAGCUAUUAAAAUGUACAAGAUUGCUGGUGAAGAAAGGUUCCUACUCUGGGCAGUUUGCAGCAUCCAGUUGCAGGUUUGUUGUGGCAAUGGGGGAAAUAAACUUUUCCAGUUAGCUGAAGGUUUGCUCAAGAAACAUAUUGCUUCGCAUGGUUUGCAUGAGCCAGAAGCUCUUAGUGUCUAUAUAUCUCUGUUGGAGCAACAGUGCAAGUAUGGUGAUGCUUUGGAGAUUCUUUCUGGAAAUUUAGGAUCUCUAAUGAUGAUUGAAGUUGACAAACUACGUCUACAGGGAAGGCUUCUUGCUAAGGCUGGAGACUAUGCUGCCGCAGCCGACGUAUUUCAGAAACUCUUAGAACUCUGUCCUGGUGACUGGGAAUGCUUCCUGCAAUAUAUUGGCUGCCUUCUGGAGGACGCCAGCAUCUUUGUCAAAGAGGCUGAUCCCAUGAAUAUACCAAAUUCUAUUCGGUGCACGAAUUUGCAAAUAUCUGAGGAACAUUUUGAUUCUCGAAUGUCAGAUGCAGUGAAUUUCAUACAGAAAUUAAUGGUUGAGGAAAUUAAUAAAUCUGAAAGAUGCCUGUUUUUGGCACGCCUUGAAAUUGAAAGACAAAAGAUUCUGUUUGGGAAAGGUGAUGCUGACAAUGUAGUGGAGGACCUAAUGCAAUAUUUUGUCAGAUUUGGCCACUUGGCAUGUUACACUUCAGAUGUUGAGAUGUUUCUUCAAGCUCUCGAUAAUGAUAAGAAAAGUGAGUUUUUGAAGAAAUUAGUGAAGGAAUAUGAAGCUAGUGUUAGUGCACCAACUAAAGCGCUUGGACAGUCCAUAACUAUAUUCAAAGUCCAGAACAUCAUUGGUGAUAUGUUUGCUCUACAAGUGGAUGAACUCGAGGAUAUUGCUGUAAGAAUGGCUGAAAUGUUCUGUACGAACCUUCCACUGUCAAAGGAGUUAGAUGCACAGGAGAGUAUGCAUGGUGAAGAGCUUUUGUCGAUGGCAUCAACAAUUUUGGUUCAGCUUUUCUGGCGUACGCGGGAUCUCGGAUAUUUGUUGGAGUCUAUUAUGAUUCUGGAGUUUGGUCUGACUAUCCGGAGAUAUGUCUGGCAAUAUAAAGUUUCGUUGGUGCAUCUGUAUUCUUAUUGGAAUUCUCUUCCACUAGCUUAUGAACGCUAUAAGUCCUUGGAUGUGAAGAAUAUUUUACUGGAGACGGUAUCACAUCACAUUUUGCCACAGAUGUUGUCAUCGCUUUUGUGGGAAGAUACAAAUGAUCUUUUGAGGGAGUAUUUAAAGUUCAUGGAUGAUCAUUUCAGAGAAUCGGCUGAUCUUACUUUCCUUGCAUAUCGCCAUAGGAACUAUUCAAAAGCGAUCGAAUUUGUGCAAUUUAAGGAAAGACUGCAGCGCUCAAGUCAGUAUUUGAUGGCGAAAAUUGAAUCACCUGUUUUACAGCUGAAGCAGCACUCUGAUAAAAUUGAUGAAGAGGAGCGCAUCCUGGAGAGUUUGGAAUUUGGAAUUCACUUUGUGGAGCUGUCAAAUGAGAUCAGAAGCAAAUCAUUGACUUUUAAUGAAGACUUGAAGUUGCGACCUUGGUGGACUCCGACUUAUGACAAAAAUUAUCUCCUGGGACCCUUUGAAGGAGUCUCCUAUUAUCCAGCAGAAAACAUGCACAAUCAAAUCAAGCAAACAGAGGCGAAUGUUAUGAAAACCAUAGAAAAGAGGUCUCUGCUUCCUCGGAUGAUCUAUUUGUCAAUAUAUUCUGCUUCAUCGUCAGUGAAGGAAACUAUUGAAGCCAACGGGUCGAGAGUUGAUCCUAAACACUCGUUGGAACUGAAAAUCUUACUUGACCGCUAUGCUAAGAUCCUGGAAUUUCCUUUCCAGGAUGCCGUAGAAUAUGUUUUUGGGGUUUCAAGUGGCAACACUAAUUUGAAGGCACCAAAUCCUGAUAUCAUCGACUGGAUGAAUUUCACCGUUUUCUUGAAUGCCUGGAAUCUAAAUUCUCACGAGGCCACAAGCAGUACUUGGAACCUUGUGAAUAAUCUGCUGAGCAAAUAUGUACUCGAGACGAUUAAAUCUGCGGGACCCACAGCUUCUGCUCCUGGUAAUGAUAUCUCGUUUCUUGCACAGCUGGUGACCGAGCCCUUAGCCUGGCAUGCCCUAAUUAUCCAAUCAUGCGUUCGGUCAUUGCUGCCUUCGGGGAAAAAGAAGAAGAAAGGUGGGCCCGUUGAGCAAUUGAAUUCUCAGCUGUUGCACGAGAUACAGCUCUCAAUCGGCUCCCUAUGUGAUAUUCUGGAAAUGGUGACAAAAUGGUUGAAAGAACAACUCAGCAAACUUGAUACGGAGUUUGAUCCCAUAUUUUCCUCCAUUCAGAGUAAAGAAAGGCAAAGUGGGCCCGGGAAAGUGUUCAAUAUGGUCGAGUCUUGCCUGACGCGUGUGGAGAGUGUCGAAGUCGGUGAUAGGAUUUUCGAGGCUAUUCAGUCGUGGAGUCCUGCCGAAGUUGUCCGGAAGAUUACUGCUGGUCAGGGCAAUUUACUUUCCGAGUUCCUCAAAAUAUGCGAAUCGAAGAUUAAAUUUUUGCAGGGGCUUAAGCUUCAGUUGUAGGUCGAAAACAAACUUCUGGGUUAAUUUGUGGAGCUCGGUUGAAUUCUUGUUUGUUUGUUUGUGCAACAACCAUUUUCAACCCUUUUUGUUGUUGCAAUUCUUUUGUAGUUUGGUUUUUACUUGGUAGUUGUGCUACUAUUUGAUCUGGAAUGCCAGAAAUUGGAUGACAUAUAGCUUUUGCCUUUUGAGCUUGGUUCAGAAUUUGCUUGUAUUGUAACUUUUGAGUUCGUAAGUUUAUUUGUUUUCCUUUUGUUAUUCAAAAGUGAAUUGAAUAGUAAGGUGUGGUGUGGUGCUUAAUGUGUGAGGUUUUGGCGGCACAUCUGGGAUUUAAAAUUUUGUACUCGGUUAAUUUAAGAAGAGAAUGAAAAAAUAUAUGGUCUGAGUGAUUAAGACAGCG